UCAAGGGACUAUCAAUAAAAUCAAGAAAUAGAUAUGCAAAAGUAAAUUGAUGUUAAGAGGGGAGACAAUUUGUCUUUUGCACUUCACGUUAUUGACGGAACAUAAAAAUUGAUGCUCCUCAAAAUUCCUCCAGACAAACUAUUAUGAGUGUCCGAAACAAAUCCAAAAUGAAAAGCUAUCUGAGUAAAAGGAAACAACUUUUACAAAAUUUUAUUGUCAAACAAGCAGGAUUAAAGCUUUUCCACGACGAACAUCGUGUCCCAAUUUAAACAUCGACAAAAUUGUUGGCAUUUUGAGAAAAAUAUCGUAUUAUUAGGUGGACCAGUUACAACAGCUGUGCCCACGCAAGGACCAACCCAAGGACCAACUCAAGGUUCUUGUGGUAAACCAGAAGUAGCACAGAGCAGAGUGAUUGCUGGCAUAAAUGCAAACAAAGGAUCAUGGCCUUGGCAAAUCCUCAUGUUAUAUAAUGGAAGGACAAUGUGUGGUGGCUCUAUAAUUGCUCCACAAUGGGUCGUUACUGCGGCUCACUGUGUAUCUGGGAGGGAGUCCAGUGCGCGUUACUUCAAAGUCAGAGUUGGAGAACAUAUUACGUCAACAACAAGCGAUGGACAACACACCGAUAUGCAGGUUGAAAAAAUCAUUUCCCACCCAAGCUACUCAAGAAGCACAAUCAAUAACGAUAUUGCGUUGAUGAAACUCUCCUCGCCAAUUCAGUUUGGAAAAUACGUGAAGCCAGUAUGUUUGCCUGGACAAGACCAGAAUGUCCCAGUUGGAACUGAUUGUUUCAUCACAGGAUGGGGAAAAAUACAACAUCCUGGCAACAUGCACCACACUUUGCAGCAAGGAAAAAUGCCUGUUGUUUCCAAUCAAGAAUGCACCAAUCUCAACACAAAGAACUUGGGACUUGGGAUCACUGACAAGAUGGUUUGUGCUGGUCACGGAGGAACAACUCGUGUGAGUGGAUGCCAUGGUGACAGCGGUGGACCAUUUGUUUGCCAAACUGGAGCCAGUGGCUCUUGGGUUCUCCAUGGCGCUGUGAGCUGGGGAUCUGGACGCUGUGAUGCAACAGUGGGCUACACUGUCUUUGCAAGAGUUGCCAAAUUCAGAAGCUGGAUCGAUCAACAGAUGUCAACAUAUUAAUUGACUGAAAUAGUUUGUUUAUUCAAUCAUAUUUUUUCUCAUUACAACUCGCUUAUGAGCA